AAUGAUACUAAGAAACUAGAACAACUUCAAGAAAUCAGAUCAAUACCAGAAAUUAGAAUACCAAGUAAGGGCGACUUUAAGAAAUCAGAUCAAGCUAAAAUGAUCAGCAACAUCAAGAAACUAGAAUAG